AUGAUAGAUAUUCUGUGGUUUGUUAAGUCUGUGGUGUUGUCAGGGUUGAACCAGCGGAACUUGCUGACACUUCCGCUCAAUUUUGCGGUUAACUUCUCGCCUAUCUUCCUGUGGUUGUUUGUUUUCCACCAUGCGCAAUGGAUACCCACUGAUAUACGGCCGGCGAUCCACUCCCGCUGUGCCUUCUACCUGGAUCAGCUGUUGUUCGGUGAUUUCUGGUAUGAAUUCCUCGAGCAACUCGACGACAUAGACCUGGUCAACAUCUCUUUUGUGACUACGGCGUUGUUUGCGCUGUCCCUGAUGGUUAUUCCCGCUCUCGUGUGGUUUUACCUCUAUAAAGUGAAACGCAUAUCUUACAACAUCUACGAGUGGUACGAUAGCCUCACUCCAAAGAUGUACAAGAACAGGUACAUCAUGCCAUUCGCAUUGCCCAUCUUGUCAUACUGCGCUUUGAACGUGGCGCACCACUUCGCAGUUCAAGAAGAAGAGAACUUCACCAAGACUAAGGACAUGAUCGCUUGGUUCUUCUACGUUAUCAUGCACUUGACAGCUCCUAUCUUGACAGCGGUAUACCUAUACGUAUUUCAUGCACCCGGUGUGGUCAAAUGCUUCGGGUUCGCCUUGGGUUUGCAGAACAUGGCCGGUGUGUGCACACACUUGCUGCUGCCUAUGGCAUCGCCUUGGUUCACUCAUAUGUACGGCAUAGACGACAAGGAGCACGUCAACUACCAACAGGAAGGGUACGCAGCUGGUCUGACCCGUGUGGACACCCACUUGGGAACCCACCUGAACACUAACGGCUUCCACCUGUCCCCUAUUGUGUUCGGCGCGGUGCCCUCUCUGCACAGCGCCAUCGCCUUCCAGUGCUUCCUGUUCCUGUGCUUCAGAGCCACCACAUUGAAGCACACUUUCGCCAAGCGUACGGGACUCCGCAGUAACCACGGCGGCGAGCAGCACUCCACCCCAUAUGACAUCUCAGAGGAGGACAGACUCUCGCAGUCGGGAUCACCACUAAACUUGGCCUCCGAAAACGAAGGAGAUGAAGAAUCAUACGUGAGUAAAAAUGAGGAGCAAUCACCUUUCGCCACAAAGAAUAGCAGCAGCACACUGUCUGGAACGGAAGAGUAUCCCUUGCAAGACUUGGAAAACAUGGGUGCCACAGAGCAAGAGCAACAGCUACGUUUCGGAGACAGUAAGCCAAGCGUAUUUGUGGAAACUUACGUCGAAGACACAACUUUGACUAGCAAAUGGUACUUGAAGCCAAUUACAACCGGUAUCCUGCCACCACUACUGGCAUCUAUAUUCAUCUGUGUACAAUGGUGGACCACAAUGUACCUGGACCAUCAUUGGAGAUUUGACCUAUUCAUUGGUGAAAUUUAUGCCUUAGUGAGUUACACAAUCAUCAACUACUUUUUGUUGCAACCCCGUGUGCUAAAGGAAUGGUAUGACCUAAGAAGAGGUCUGAAGUUCGAUUCCAGAAAUGAGGCAAGAACCAUGGGUAUGAGAGUUUUCCAAGGCACUAGAUGGGAAUGGUUCUUUGAUCCAUUAGCAUAA